AUGGGUUGUGGUUCUAUAAAAUCGGUAUAGGAAACAAAUUAACCUAUAUAAAUGAAAUAAAAAAGUUUAAAACUGAAGACUUCUUCAACUUUACCAGAAGAAAUCAAAAAGAAAGUAUUUCGAAAUAAAGAUGGAAAGUUAUUUUAUAUUGUUGAGGAAGAUAAUAAAUACAUUUAAGUUCCCUUAUUAAAUAGUGCAGAAUAAAAUAGUUUGCUGAAUAGAAGAAGAUAAAUGCGUACAUAAAGUGAUUAACUAUUUUGA